AUGUCUUCCUCUUUCAACAAGUAUAGUGUUAUCCUUCCAACAUAUAACGAACGUAAUAAUCUCCCAAUCAUUAUAUGGUUAUUAGCUAAAACUUUUAAAGAAAAUGAGCUUCCUUGGGAGGUUAUUAUUGUGGACGAUGCCUCACCUGACGGAACCCAAGAAAUAGCAAAGCAACUAACUAACGUUUAUGGUCCUGAGCAUAUUUUGCUAAAACCAAGAGCAGGAAAGCUUGGGCUUGGGACUGCAUAUGUUCAUGGACUACAAUUUGUCACUGGAAAUUUUGUUAUUAUCAUGGACGCCGAUUUCUCACAUCAUCAAACUAAAAACUAUGAUAUCAUUACUGGGACGCGUUAUGCUGGUAAUGGUGGAGUUUAUGGGUGGGAUCUUCGACGUAAGGUGAUAAGUCGCGGUGCAAACUUUUUAGCCUCUACAUUAUUGCGUCCAGGCGUAUCUGAUCUUACUGGAAGCUUUCGACUAUACAAAAAACACGUGUUGGAACGAUUAAUUUCCGCGACUAUCUCCAAAGGAUACGUCUUUCAAAUGGAAAUGAUGGUGCGAGCUCGACAUCUAGGUUUCACUAUCGGUGAAGUACCAAUUACAUUUGUGGAUCGAGUCUACGGUGAAAGUAAAAUGGGUGCAAAUGAGAUCGUGCAAUACGCUAAGGGAGUUUGGCAAUUAGUGAUUUACGGCUAUAUAGAAGAUUUCGAUGAAGAAAAUCUCAUAGAGUAA